CUGAACUUCAAACAUGGUGGAGCAGGCAAACACUUUACAUUGCACAUGUGAAAACAACUUUGUUACGACAACUUGAUAAAUCGAGCAAUAUUAAAGUUUUUCAAUACCAGAAUGGUGCAAUAACAUCUUGGGACAACAGUGAUAAUGCAAAUUCUUCGGAGCUAUGUAUCCCGAGUUUACUACACACAUGGACUGUUCUGUGCAAGUCAUCCCAUCUCCAUUCUCUGCACAGUAUGCUGUGUCAUCAUUCUGUUCUGCUACCCCCUGAUAUUUGUUCCCUGGCCUGGAAACAUUCCUGUAGAGUAUACAACUCCGUUGAGAAAUUACCAACCACCAGCAGUGUCCGUGCAGAAACGGGAGAGAACUUUUGCCAAUACUGAUGUCACUAGCAUACCAAGAUGGUACCAAGGCCUGCCUGUGGGUUUCAUCCAGCAAGUGGUUGUCAAGGCAACUGUAUCACCUUGGGAACCCACCCAACAUGACCCCCUGGAUGCCCUUCAUGCCCCACUGAGCAAGGUGUUUAGGGUGCUGGAAGAUGUGGAAAAAUUCAGACACACCCACAACGGGAAAGAAAAUAACUUGGUAGAUGUGUGCCUGCGUGUGUUUGAGCCAGUGCGUGGAAAGUCUGCGGAGAAACUAUUACCUGAAUAUGCUUGUCUGGUGCUCUCUCCUGCAAACCUCUGGCAGAGAAAUCUUAAGAGGUUUCUUUCGGACAAGGAGGUUCUGCAGACAGUUUACAAGAGAUACAACCAGGCUUACGAGGCUCCUCCCGGAUUUAGAGACCUGUUGUUUGGUGUACCUUGGCCCUCAACUGGGGUAUCUCGAUACUUUAUCAGAAAUCGGCAGCGAACCAUCACAUACGCUCUUACCAUUGUGUACAAGACUUUCAAUGAGAGCUACGUGAAUGAGCUGAGCAGGUACUUGGAGAGUCAAUACCCUGACAUUGCUGGCAAUGCAAACAACACAGAGGUAGACCAAAUCAUCCACCUUCACUACAAGAACAUCAACCCUUACUUCGAGUACACCCAUCUGAUCGUGCUCUACCUUGUGGUCCUCAUGUACAUCUACUUCUCUGUCAAGAAGAUAGAGAUGGUGAAGUCCAAGUGGGGCCUGGCGUUGAGCGCUGUUGUCACGGUGUUCUCGUCCCUCCUCAUGUCUGUCAGCAUCUGUUCUGUGUUUGGUAUGAGUACACAGCUGAAUGGAAGUGAGAUAUUCCCGUACCUAGUGGUGCUUAUCGGAAUGGAGAAUGUCCUAGUGAUGACCAAGUCAAUUGUCUCAACGUCCAUAGAACUUGAUGUGAGAGAAAGAGUUGCCAUAGGUCUGAGUAAGGAAGGCUGGUCCAUUACAAAGAAUCUAGUGAUAGAACUAGCUAUCAUUGCUAUUGGCUUCUUCACAUUUGUACCUGCUAUACAGGAGUUCUGCCUAUUUGCCCUGGUGGGUCUGUUGACAGAUUUCUUCCUCCAGAUGGUUUUCUUUGUCACCGUUCUCUCUGUUGACAUUCGCAGAAUGGAGUUGUCAGACCUACAGAAAUACAAGAAAGAAGUACCACCGGGGUCAGUUGGCAGUGCGGGGCUGGUCCCUGUGGUAACCUGCCCAUUUAAGGCCAAACUGCCCCAGACAAGAGUGAAACUGCAGCCCCGUUUUAACUUUUCCUCAGGCGUCAGUCUUCUUACUGCAAAAGGGCAGCCUGUGUCCCCAAGGGUUCAACAUGAGGUAAGGUUUUUCCAGCGAGAGACGUUCCUUGAUCUGCCUCGCAGACUGAGGUUUGUCUACUUCUGGGCCAGCACCAGGGUUGUCCAGCGAUUCAUCAUGGUCUGCUCUGUGAUAUGGAUUGUGUUGCUGGUGUACAAGUCCGGGUUGGUUCAUCACCUGACCAAUUCCAGCUUCCCCACCAAUGGCAGUGUGAUCCCACCUUCACCAGAUGCACUAGAACAAAUAAUCAAACAACAGGAGCAGACAACAAAUGGAGAUGUAAGCCGCGUGGUGUCUCCCCUGGCGUUCUUCUGGCUUAGCGAGGAUGAAGAGGUUGGUUCCGUGAGACAUACAGAUGUUCAGACGUGGCGUAAACUCUCCCCCACCCACUGGCUUACACUCUUCUCAUACUAUAACAUCUCACUGACGGGCAAGUACAUCAGUAUUUUACCCAGCAUUCAUCUGUCAAUUGUCAUCAGUCCUGAAGAAGCCAUCGAAAUGAGGGUGCCUGGAUAUAAAGCCAAAGUAACUCCAUUAAAACCAAAAGAAAAUAAUUUGAAGCCAAAGAUAAAUGAAAUCCAAAAUGAUGCCAAGAAUGAUGCACAAGAAACUGGAUCAGAAAUGAAUGAAAAUGUGCAUCAUAUAACAGAAGAUAACAAAUAUAAGACAAGCAGUGAAAUCCCGACAAUUUCACAAGAGCCGGACUUCUUUUCUGAAGAGUAUUUAAAAAGAUAUUACCCAUAUAUGGAUCCAGAGCAGUUGAUCAAACUUUACAACCCUAAAUCAAGGACUGAGUUCAUAAUCACUGUAUCUCUUGGCUUUCUCAGUGUUAUAUGUAUCACAUACUUUAUGAUGAUGCUUUAUCGAUGCUUGUGUACAAGGAAAUAUUCCAAAUGGCGCGCCUCAUGGAGUAAAAUGCCGAAGAAUGCUCGAGGAAACAACUACUUUAAGCAGAUCAAGGAAGCUGUGCCGAUUGUACUUCGUGGUCACCUUCAGGAAAUAGAAUGCUUGAUCACAGACGGCAGUGUGAUCAUCAGCUCGUGUCUUGGGGGUCAGUUACGGGUGUGGGACUCUGUUACUGGGGAAUGUCUACACAUCAUGCAAAGAAAGUCUGCCACACCACCAAUGAGAAGGAAGCCUUGUGAAGGUCGAAAUAUUGAGGACAGUGAUGCUGACCUUUACGCUGAAUACCAUGGUAGUCAUAGGAACCUUGAGGUCAGCUCCAGUGACCUUGACCUCACACCUCCUGAUGAGGAGAGGCCACAAAUGAGGCACAGGAAAAUAGAUGAGGCAAAAGAAAAAUGUAUAAGUGCUGAAAAGAAUAAAGAAACUUAUGAAAACUUUCCUGAUCUCAAAAGUACUAUUGAUACUGAUUUUACAAGGAUGUUUAAGACAUCUACACCAGAAAGUGCUAGAAAUAAACCUGUAAGUCAGGACAGUGAAUCCUCUUCUAAAAGGGUUUCAGUAAGUGAUAAUAGUUCUACUAGCAAAAAGGGUGUAACAGGGUAUGACUUUGAAAACAGAUUUGCUCAAAUGUACAAUGAACAUGAGAAAUAUUUAGAUGAAAAAAAGCAAGAUGAAGAACGCAGUAGAAGCUUUGAAGUAAGAGGCAAUAGGUCUAAAAGCUGGAGUGAAGGUGACCUGAGUGGGGACGUAUCAAUGUCAGAUACAUCUGCGCUGGAGCUGGCUCCGGCCCCGAUCUGGUGUCUGGCUUGCCGUGGUAACCUUAUCAUUGCCGGAUGCGGGAACGGAAAACUAGAGUUCUGGGACUCUACCAGUGGAACACUUAAGUGUGUAUAUGGGGAAAACCAGCCAGGCGUGACUGGAAUCAGCCUGGUGGGUCAUAGGGUCAUCGCUGCCCGUCUGGACGGUUCCCUUGACUUCCUUGAGCUGGAAACCUUCCAGAGCCCAAAGAUCUCAACGCCACUCUCGCCUUCAAGUCUUAACAGGAAAAUCAAAGGUCAUUCCCGGCACAUGAGUCACGGCCGGUGUGGCAGCGAUGAUCUCAGAUUGUGGGAUGAAGCCAUACAUUGUAACCAGGUACAGCGCACACAAGCCCACCAGAGACCCAUAACUGUCCUCGCCACAGAGGGGGGGAGAAUAGUCUCCGGCAGUCAGGACUUCACACUUAAGGUGUUUCGGCUGGAGGAUUACAAGUGCCUAUACACUUUACAUGGACACACAGGGGGGAUCACCUGUUUAUUCCUCGACAAGUGCACGCCCUAUGCGGCAGUGAGCGGGUCAGCAGACGGCACUAUCCGACUGUGGGAUCAACUCACGGGUCACUGUGUACACAAGGUCAGGGGUCACGAGGGCACAGUGGUGGGUCUCACGUGUACAGACAUGUACAUAAUCAGCUCUGGUCUGGAUGAUAAGCUAUGUGUCUGGGAGAGGAAGAGAGGGCAUCUGCUGUACUCAGUCGACAUGGAAACGUCAUGUGGAAGCUCAAUGGCGAUGCUUCAAAACAACUUUCUCGUCACUGGCAGACAGGGCUCCCUGUACCUGUGGGAUGUCCAUAAAGGAGAGCUGGUGAGAGUGGUAAACCUACAGCAGCGCAGUUGUAUAGCAUUCAUACAUCACAUUCAGGCGAUGGAAAACUCCACUAUCGUCUGUGACUACGGCAAUGAAAUCAAAGUCAUCCAUUUUCCUCUGGUGCUAGAGAAACGCGACUGAAACACUGCCCAACUGUUGAAAAGAAUUCUAAAAUACACUACCCGACUGUAUUUAAAUACCUCUACAGUGAAUAGCCUGAUCAAACCCUUGUUUGUGACCGUCCUACUGAACUGUACACUAUUUAUACUUAAAGAAUUCCACACAGUGAAAACCUGCCAACUUGAACAGAUAUAAGGGUGAUUGCUCAGAACAUUGUUAAAGUUUUCAACUUGAUUGACAACAUUGUUGUUAACUUUUAAGCGUCAAAUAUUUGAUGAUGAACAUAUUUAAAUAUAAACAAGUACAGCUCAAACAGUUGUCUCAAUAUAUGUUAGAAAUACAGCAGAUCACAAGUGUAUCCAAUAAACUUACAGAGCAGUAAGGAUUUGAAAGUUAACCUCAAUGACGCUAACAACGUUAACUGUAACAAAGUUCUGAACAAUCGGCCAACUGGUUCUUAUCUUUUCAGUAAGCAUACUCUUAAGAAUUUGUUCUAGUUAUGGAAGGCUUUGAAUUGAGUUUGCAAGUGAAACUUUCAAUUACAUUAAAAAAAAUCGUAAUAUAUUUUUUUAAAUUGAACUAUGAUUUUAAGGGUUCGGACCCACAAAUAAGUUCGCUCUCUGAUGUCUUUGUUAAUCUCAAUGUUAAAUGAUGAUGCCUAGUGACCCGUUACAAUUUUGGUAUUAUUUAGAGGGAAUUGGCUUGCUAAUUUAUUAAUAUGUCAAAUAAAUGACUAAUAUACACCAUACAUACAAUUAUUCCAGUUUGUACAUUUGCUCUUUAUUACAACUGACAUCAGAUUUAAUAAACAUAUUUUGCAGGCCAAAAAACAUUUUUUUAUUAUAUUUUUUUUGUAAAUAUCUUACUUUUUUCUGCACACAAAACCAUUUCAAAUGAUACCAAAAUCCUAUAAGGUAAUUAAUAUUCACAUAUUUGUGGGUCAGAUUCCUUAUUAAAAAAAAACACCUUUAUUGAUAGGGGAGUCCCACCGUUAAUUAUAGUUUACGGCUUACAGAUCAAACCUUUUUUAGCGAAGAGUAGUCAACAUGUAAUGCAGCUCUAUUAUCUUUACCAUAGUAAGAGUUUGAGGCCAAAAUGUAAAUGAAAUUUGACAUGUAUGUUUUUCAUUGAAAUGUAUUAUAAGCAAAUUUGUUUCACAAUUUUUGUUAAAGUCAAACUAGUUCAAAUUUGAUUUUUACAUGUACUGGUUUGGGACACCUUUUCGCCCAAAAAUGGAGGUUUUUCUUGAAUUACUUAAAAAACUGUGAAUAUUUUCAAUGCCACUUUACAGCCCGGAUCUAUGUUUCAUAUGAUAAGAUUUUUACUUAAUGCUUAUUUUAGGAAGGAAUUAGCAUGCCAAACAGACUCAGUAUAAUUUACUGAAAUUACUGUGUACCAAAUAUUCACCAACUUUGGAAAAUUGGUUUUAUUUAAAACAUCUUAAAAAAAGUGUUCUUGAUUGACAACAAAAUAUGUUCUGUUAUUUCUUCCUUAUUUGUAUAAAACUUCUUGCUCUCUUUAAACAAGUAUUUCGGAGUGAAACAGUGUUUAUUUUGUUUAGAAGUUAAAAUUGAUAAUCCUUUGCGGGUAGAAAAAUGGCACUUACUGGAGUAUUUUCAAUAUUGGGGAUAAAUUAGUUUUACUUAAGGGUGGGUAACUAAAUGGUACGGGCAGAAAAGUGGUCCCUAACCAGUAUGAUUUAUUUACAUCGCGAUGUGAAUCUUCCAUGUAUGAAUUUAGACAAAAGUUGUUAAAAUUGAUGUGACUUUCAGACUGAUAGUAAAGUUGUUAAGAUAUAUGUAUGACCUCAUGUAAACUUGUUAAGAUAUCUAUAUGACCUCGUGUUUUGUUGUAGCUUGUUCAAGGUUUGACAUAUCAUGUUACUGUGUAUUGUUAACUUGUCUGUUUUUCCAAGAUUAUUAUCUUGAUGUAUUGUGAUAGCCUUGGUGUCGUGUUGUCAGCUUUAAAUUGACCAUUACUCAAAGAUGAAUCGGUAUAUUCAAAUAAAAGUUCAUACUGAUUAUGCCAUGUAAGGCAAGGUCCAUAACUCUGGCUUUAAAAGCGCAUGUAAAGUAAGGUCCAUAACUCUGGCUGUAAAAGCGCAAGUAAAGCAAGGCCCAUAACUCUGGCUUUAAAAGCGCAUGUAAAGCAAGGUCUGUUACUCUGGCUUUAAAAGCACAUGCUAAGCAAGGCCCAUAACUCUGGCUUUAAAAGCGUAAGUAAAGCAAGGCCCAUAACUCUGGCUGUAAAAGUGCAAGUAAAGCAAGGCCCAUAACUCUGGCUUUAAAAGUGCAUGUAAAGCAAGGUCCAUAACUCUGGCUGUAAAAGUGCAAGUAAAGCAAGGCCCAUAACUCUGGGUUUAAAAGCACAUGUAAAGCAAGGCCCAUAACUCUGGCUUUAAAAGCACAUGUAAAGCAAGGUCCAUAACUCUGGCUUUAAAAGCACAUGUAAAGCAAGGUCCAUAACUCUGGCUUUAAAAGCGCAUGUAAAGCAAGGUCCAUAACUCUGGCUUUAAAAGUGCAAGUAAAGCAAGGUCCAUAACUCUGGCUUUAAAAGCACAUGUAAAGCAAGGCCCAUAACUCUGGCUGUAAAAGCGCAAGUAAAGCAAGGUCCAUAACUCUGGCUUUAAAAGCACAUGUAAAGCAAGGUCCAUAACUCUGGCUUUAAAAGCACAUUUUAAGCAAGGCCCAUAACUCUGGCUUUAAUGUGUGUCUAGUUAUGCCCCUUGUUUGACUGAGAAACCACCCUACAACAGACGAGCAUUGGCGUUUACAUUGCAACGCUCUCGUAAAAAACAUUUUUGUGAUAAUGCAAUUCCUUUCCAUCCAUUACUGUGUAAUAAAUGUAUCUUGUAAAUGAUGAAGUCAUGUUUACCCAAAAUGGAAUGUUGAUAUAACAAAUUGAUAUAUUCACGUUUAUAACAAAUUGAUUUAUUCAUGUACUCUUUCAUAUGGCCAAAUUUUCUUUUUAUCUUUUUUAGUAUAAUGCCAUUGUUAUCAUCAUUGAGUACUCUUAAGAUUUAUUUUCAGUAUUUCCAGAUUUCCCAUCUUAAUACUUCCAUUUUCAUUCAUGCCUAUUUUACCUUCUUAAAGGGAAAUUAUUCUCAUUUUUUGUUAUAAUUUUUUCAGCUAUUGCUUUUCAUCAUAAAUGCUGCAAAAGCCUGAGCUAAUUGUAUUUUAGAAAUCAUUCCUUAUUGCUUGCAAUGUAACAUGUUGUUACACGUUUUCCAUUGAAUUGCAGCAAGAUUCUCUAUAGACAGCAUAAAAAAUCCACAUAUCCAUUAAAGUUUGAGCAUAAAUCAAUGCAAUAUUCAAUCUAUAUGUCUUUAUAUGUGUGAGCAUAUAUUUUAUUUUCCUUCGCGAGAGACAUUUGUUUUAUAACAGUUUCUACCAAUCUGUAUUUGUACUGUAAUGUUCUAUGAUGUAUUAAUUAUUUUAUAUAUUAUUUAUUUUCAAAAUAAUGUUUUGCUAUUAAACAUUGAAUGAUAAAGUAAAAUGUUUUCAUUUUUAGCUUGUCUGAGUUAAGAUGUAAAAAAUGUUGAGGUGUCUUCAUAGCCUUGGCGUUGUUAUUCUGAGGUAUCUUCAUAGCCUUGGCGUUAUUAACAUGCAAAACUUAAACCUAGGCCAUAACUGAAAAAUAACAGUUUCUACCAAUCUGUAUUUGUACUGUAAUGUUCUAUGAUGUAUUAAUUAUUUUAUAUAUUAUUUAUUUUCAAAAUAAUGUUUUGCUAUUAAACAUUGAAUGAUAAA